CAUUGAUCCCGUUCUAGGCGCCACUCGCGGCAGCCUGCCGGUGGCGGCUGCAGCCGGCUCGUGCGGUGAACAGCGCGCCCGCUGUGUGGGUGACGUGGUCACUGGAGCCCCCAUGGACUGACCCCGCUCCGACCCAUCUGGGAGCUCCCAUGAGGUCAGGAUGUUGGCGGCCCGCCUGCUGCUGACCCUGCUCUCGGUGACGGUGAUGACCUCGUUCGCCUGUCCCAAGGCCGAGUUUCGGUGUCGCAGCGGGCGCUGCAUACCUCAGAACCUGUACUGUGACGGCAGAGACGACUGUGCCGACAAGUCGGAUGAGCCGCCGCACUGCACACCUUGUAACAUCACCUACCAUGGCGAGGAAGGCCGGACGUACGGGCUGGAGCUGCGACAGCCGCGGCGGGACCGGCUGCCGCACAUCUGCCAGCUCAACUUCAUCGCAGACGGAAAGAACUACGGAGACCUGCUGGAGCUGGUCUUCGACACGUUCAGCCUGGGCCGGUUCACCAGCCACGUGCACAACGGAUGUCCAGACGGUCACAUGCAGAUUUUCGAGUUCGGCCAGAUUCAGAACGACGGCUUCUGGUGUGGCAACGCCUACGGCUACAACGUCUACUACAGCCAGACUGGCAGCGUGCGCGUCACCUUCAGGCUCUACCGGCUCAGCGAGGGCGGCAACUUCGGCGUGGACGAGGCCAGCCAGUUCUACAUCAAGCUGCGCUACAAGUUCGUCAGCAGAGCACGCGCCGUCAUGCGACUGGGAAACAAAGGUUCCAAGUUUCUUGGAAUCGUUGUGCACAUGAGCUUCUGCGACUUUAUGUUCGACCACUGCGACCGGGAUAAAUGUCGAAUACAGAGUCCGAAUUUCCCGGGAAUGUAUCCGAGGAACGUGACGUGCUCGUACCAUAUCACACACAGUACACCGCCCCCGGGCACUCGUGCUCUGCUCGUGCUCUCUCAGCGCUACGGAGAACUCAUCAACAUCAAGGCGUCGGAUGGAUCGAACGGUGGCACCCGCGAACUGCGAACCUGGUCCAAAUGUGACGUGGUGCGGGACUUUGUCACCGUGUACGAUGGUGCCAACAAGUCGGCGCCAAAGCUGCUCAAGUUCUGCGCCGGCGCAGAGCUGCCCCCGCUCAUCUCCAGUGGUCCCAACAUGAUCGUAGAGUUUCGUACGUCUGCGUUCGACCGUCUGACACAACCCACUUUCUCAACCGACAAGCUGAAGUACCCCACCUCCUACAUGCCCGGCUUCGAGCUGGACGUGGGCGUCAAGUUUGUCAACAUCACCGACCGCACUCGCUACGUGGACAACAGAGGCUGUGACUACGUCUUCUCCAGCACGAGUCGGACGCGCGGGGUGAUCUACAGUCCGGCACAUAGUCUGCCAUCCAACACCACUUGUCGGUACACGCUGCUCGGUCGCAGCCACGAGCGGCUCUGGAUCUACUUCCUUCAAUACCACGUCACCUACCACGCUGGCUAUGACAAAGCUUACGCCAGUGGCGCCAAGUCACGACACUGCCACCACCGUCUGGACAUCACCGACGGAGCGCCAGGGGAUGGAGUCAACCGCUCCCUCGGCUUCUUCUGUGGUGACACGAAGCCUCGGCUGUGCUCGCGGGCGCUGCGCGCUGCGACUGGCGCUGCGGUACCUCCGUGUGGCCCCGAGGAAAGCUACCUCUCGCAGGCGGAGAACGUCACUCUACUUCAGAGGCACGUCACCGGCCUCGGCCUGGAUACGGUCAGUUUUCGUCUGCGAUAUGAGUUCGUGGACAUGCGGGAGGACGGCCAGCAGCUGGGUGACAACCCCUGCCAUCGGGUAUUCGCCAGUCGUGGUCGCCUCAGCAAGGGCACUUUCGGCCCGGCGCGAAACGUCUUUCUGUACGGCCGCGGAGGGCGCGAGCAUCUGCACUGCCUCUUCCGCUUCGAGGGGACCGCCGGCGAGCGGGUCCGCAUCUUGGUCAACAAGUUCACGGCUGCCGACGAGAGCGGCUGUGAAACUGUGAGAGACGAGAGCCUGGGCCGGUACCAGUGCCGGUACCACGGCUGGGCCCGCUCCGAACUGCGACUGGCAGAGGUGCCGUGGCCAGGAGUGCGUGUGUGGAGGGAUUGUGUGUGCGCGGACCGUAACACAGCCGAACACAUUGUCGUCGAAUCGACGUCUAGUGUGCUCGAACUGCAGUAUGAUGUGUUCAAUAUGACGGCUGAUGAGGACUUCUACUCGUACUCCUUCAUAGCAAAGUACGAGUUUCUGCGGAAGACAUCGUGCAAGACGGAGACGCGAGUCAAUGGCAGCAGCGGCGUGCUGCUGCUGGAGCCUCCCGCGGAGGCGGAGGCGCCCUGUGACGCGCUGCCGUGGAUGCUGGAGGCGGCGCCGUCCUCCUUCCUCUACCUGUCUGUGACCGGGAGGAGACAGGCGCCCGGAGUCUGUCCAUCUCCGACUCGACUGGUCGUCUCUGCACCCGACCUCACUGAGCCGCUGGCCAUCAUCUGUCCCGGAGGCACCGACAUGGUGGAGGUUUUCAGUGCCGGCUGGCACCACACCACGCACCAGUCGGCACCACCGGCCGAUCAUCAGCGGCAUAUGGUGAUCGAUCUGGUGAAGCCGGAGCCCGGACAGCCAGUGAAAAUCACCUGGCUAGAGCUGCUCCGGCCCGAGGUGCAAAGGUCGACGACAGCCGGUGUCCAGGGCCGCAGCCACCGCUCGGAGGCCUGGGCGUCUGGACCGUGUCGACACAUGUGCCCAGAGCUGGACGGAGGCUGUAUCGCGCCGCAUCUCUGGUGCGAUAACGUCCAGCACUGUCCCUCGGGGAGGGACGAGGCACCAGAGAUCUGCCACCGGUGGUCCAUCCCGUGGCUCUACGUGGGCGUGGCCGGCUCGGCGGCUUUCAUCAUCCUGCUACUGUGUAUCGCCGCGCUGGUUCACCGGAGGCAGAAGGGCGCCCGACCCGACCGGGGCAGGUGUAACGCGGCACUCUCCAACAACCCGCACGAGAAGAGGCUGCCCACGGACGAGACUCUGACUACAAGCGGUCUUUAUAGCGGCAGCUCGUCACUCAAGAACGGCAAGGAUCUCAUCUCCGUGCCAUCUACCUACUCUAUGGACUCGGGAGAUGUGGACCUCGUGGAGACAACAGUGUAGCGAUGAAUGCCGUGACGCUGUCACAGUGACGCUCCUACCGUGACAUUGUGACCGUGACGUUUGGUGCCGGGACGCUGUUGCUGUGACGCUGGUUGGCAUAGCGUGAUGUGUGACGAUACUGCAAGAUUCGUGUUUCAGUAUGUGGUUACGGUACGGCUGUUGUCACUUUGGCGAUGAUUCGCUGGACAGAUGUACUGCCGUGACGCCGUGAUCUGUGACGUCAUAUGGUGGCGCCGUGAUGGCGAUCGUGCUACGUGACGUGGCUCACAGUCUGCAGGACUACAGUGUGGACGAUCACGGUGUUUUCGGCGGCGCUGCUGAGUGAGGGGCGUCUGCCUCUGCCCGUUUGUCAGAAUGGGAGAGUCGGCUGAUGUCAUGAAAUAAUUUGACGUCACUUCAGGGACCACCAGCAUUCGUCAUAAGGUGCGGUGCCGCUGACACCAGUCUGCUGUCGGUCCGAGUCACUGCAGAGCUCGGCUGACCGGCGGGCCACCCUCCUGUUCUCGCUGGACGCUGCACAGCGCGACCACGACGUCUGGCGACCAUCAGCGGCAUCUGCUCUCUCAUCAGUCUCAUUCGAUCAUAUGAUGUCGUCCUCAUUGUUGCUCGUUCGUGGGAAGUGACGUUGACGUCACUUCUACGAGCAUUUCCUCUGCGUAUCGCUGCUGGUCGCUGGUCAGCACCAUAUUGCACCAAUUGAUUAGCGUCCAUGGACUAGAGUCGCUGUCAAAAUUGACGGUAUGCCGCCCCGGUAUGCUACGUCACCGGUCCAACAGUUUCAGCCGUCACACAAGUCGGGGUCCGGUGGUGAGUAUUAUGUGGCUCAUGGAUAGCUCGCUGUGUCACAAAGUGGGCCAUGUGGAGCAGCACAGUUUAUCUGGAAGGGUCAGGUGUAGUAGUUUGCUGUUGAAGGAAUGAUGACCAGGAGAUUCAGAGGGCGGCUUGGGGCUGCACUGAGUGGAAUCAGACGGCCAGAGAACCAAGUAGUGUGAGAAAUGUGUGAAUGUUCGCUCAAAUCUGUCUUCUUUCCACUUUCAAGGAGGCUUUCGAUAGGAGGGCUAUAUGUCCGUGUUGUGCAACUGUAGUCCUUGACAUGUUGUUUGGCUUUACCUAUGCCAAUGGUAUCGGGCAGUUUAGGUGUAAUUUAUUCAUGUUUUAUGGAA